AUGGGGACGUCGCACCGUCUCGUACUUCCUCUCAUCUUCCUGCCGCCACUCCUGCUGCUCAGUUACUUCUUCUCGCACUUCCCGAACCCGCCAACGUCGCUCCACGUGCACCCGUCGCUGUCAAGCCUCUCCCCCGAUCUGCACGCGUUAUCGUGCUACCCUAAGGAUAUCUACCCCGGCGGCGCGUAUGUCUCUCUUCCGUAUGGACGGGUGCGGUAUUGGAUUAUGGGACCGGAGGAUGGAGAGAAGGUUGUCCUUAUCCACGGGUUGUCGAUUCCCUCUAUCGUGUGGAAGAACAUUGCACCAGUACUUGUAGAGCGUGGGUACCGUGUUAUGCUCUACGAUCUGUAUGGGCGAGGAUAUACUGAUGCACCGAAAACUACAUACGACACGAGACUGUACACCACCCAACUCGCCCUACUCAUGCAGCACAUACACUGGGACAGCGCGCAUAUAAUCGGCCUUUCGAUGGGAGGAGGCGUCGCAGCAGCGUUCACGGCCCAGUUUCCUCAGCUGACGUCGGGUAAGACCGUGCUGAUAGCGUCGGCUGGCAUCAUUGACUCCUGGGACAUACCAAAGACCGUGAAGUUCAUGUCCUCGCCACUCGUACAAAGUUUAUACAGCUUGGGACCAUUCCAACAAUAUAUGCGCCGCUUAGCCAAGUCAAAUGCCUCAGAGGCCGACGACGGUGGAAAGCUAUCGGACCUCGUACGUCUCCAAUCCGCCCAUCUUCCUUAUUUCAACGCCGCAAUCGCCUCAAGUCUGCGCGAUGGCCCCAUCCGUGGGCUUCAUUCCGAACUCCGGACGCUUGGCGAGCGGAAUACAGACGUCCUCCUCAUCCAUGGCACGGCAGAUAAAACCGUGCCAUACUCGUACGCAUCUCGAAUGUGUACACUAAUCCCAAACGCGAAACUCGCCACCAUACGAAACGGCGGCCACGAGAUCACUCUCACGCAUUCAUCGUUCGUGAGCGACAUGAUUCUUGAGUUUUUGAAGACGAGUGAGGCAUGA